AUGAAUUAUGUAAUUGCCAAUCCUGAAAAAUCAUCCCAAAUUUUUAAGGAAAAAGAUGUUGAUAAAACUGAUGUUAAGUUUAACGACCCUGACAAGAAGUACGAGAUUCUGGAUGAUGGAGAGUAUAGCAACGCAGACACUUUUUCUAACUGCCCAGAAACUCCUACCACUAAUACAACUGAAAACAAUGAUAAUCACGAAACACAUGACUUUUGCCUUGACGAAUUUGCAAUGAAUUAUGCAAAGGAAUAUGCAACUUCAAUGGUUACCGAUUCUGAAAAAGAAGAAGUACAUAUGGAUUGGUUUGGAUCUGACAUUAAUAUACAAUCAGAGGUAGAAUCAAUUUGGACCUCAUCAGCGGAUGAUAAUGAAAACACUGAUUAUGAGUUAAAUGGUAAUGGUGGAAAUAUGGAAAAUCAAUGUGUAAUUAUUGACAUUGUUGAUGGUAUAAUACAGCGAUGUACAAAUAAUGCAUAUUGUCUAAUCAAACAAUUAAUGGGAGUAUGGGAAUUAAAUUAUAAUACAGUAGAAACAUGUGUCAAUGCGAAUGGGCAAGAGUCUUUACAUUUACUUGAAGUGUGUUCAUCUCAUUUUAAUUGGGAUCAGGAUGGCGCUCAUAAACGUGGCUUAAAAGGCACUGUUUCUAUUAAUAAGAGCUGGAUACACCUACAUCGAUGUCUUUUUUGUGGCAAUAAUAAGUAUUUUGUUAGUAGAGAUAGUUGUAAACAUCAUUCCUGGAAGGUUAUAGGACGUAAUAUGCAAGUUCCAUGCUCUGAUUUAAAAGAAUGUCCACGAAAAGACAGAGGAGCAAAAUCUUUUACCUGUAAUGAGUAUCAUAAAAAUGAUACUUCCAAAUCACUAGAUCUCAUUAGUAAAUGGGUGCAAGAUAUAACAACCAAUUCAGACCAAUUAACUAAAGAUAUUUUACUUAAGGAACUUUCGAAAACCAUUGUUAAUUUUUUUGAAAGAAAAGCAGAAGUUUCAAAGGAAUGUAAACUUGAUGAAUCUCAGACAUUGCUACAAAAAAGACAAGUUCCCAGCUAUAUGGUAAUAAAGAUGGCUUUACGAUUAAAAAAAGUAAACAUUAAAAAAUUAUGUAAUGUAGAACGAUAUUAUGAUUUAAUUAUAAAACAUCCUAAUGAGUUUGGAGAAGCGCUUGGAUUAGUAAUCUGA